UGUUGUUUCAUUGUGAAUCGAGCGAGCUUAAUGGGAUGUUCACUUUUGCUGUGCUCUUGCCUGGUGGCAUUAUUCAUUCCCAUCCAGGCAAUAGUGGACAUCAACGUGGCAACGGCGAACGAUAUUCACAAUAAUCUCAAUAGAACAACAUCACCGUGCACGAAUUUCUGGAAUUUUGCCUGCGGUAGCUUCUCCAGUCCCUCUGAAUAUGUGGACAACUUUGAACGGGUCGAGGAUCAGUUUGCCAGUGCCAUGGUGGAGUUCAUGGAGAGCCACUUGGGAGAAAACGAUACACUGGCGCCCCGACUGAUAGGGCAAAUGCGACAGUACUACAAGGCCUGCACGGAGGAUACGCGAAAGCUUCACGGGAAUCCUCGUCCCCAAGAACUGGUCAAUCACUGGACUUUGCAUCCUAAAAAGUUUCUCGUAGACGGCUUGAAUGGUGUAUUCAUUGAUGAGCGAGUUGAUGUGGCCGCCAAUGAUUCCAUUCGUUGGGUUAUUCAGUUAAGGAUGCCUGAUCCAUCUGAUAGAUAUAGUGACCGGCGUGUCUUGCAGCUCAUGCGCCUUUACGAAGAAGCGUGGUACACGAGGGGAGUGGUUGAACUGGUGGAGAAAAUGCAUCAGCUGCAGGAUAAGUAUCGUGAAGAAAAUCCUGUUGUAUAUACAUGGAGCUAUAGUGAAUUAAGGCAGCAAGUCCCCAUCCCACAUUCCUUUUUUAUUGAAUUAUUGGGUGUCAACCAGGAGCUCGAUCAUCUGACUUUCGAGGUGAGUGAUGUGGAGUAUUUGCGGGAAUGUUUUCGCUUUCUACGGGAUUUCGCCAGUGAGCCGAGGGACACGUAUAUUCGAGCACGCCAAUAUGUUUUAUUGGAGGAGUCGGAGCCAAGGGAGCGGAAUCCAAGGAGCUGCAUUCACCACAUGCGUGCCUAUUUACCCCUGGGCAUGAACUACAUCUAUGAUCGCUUUAUAUACCAAAACCGGAAGGAGGAUACCAGUAGGGUAUUGGAGAUUUUAUCCACUUUAAAGGCAGUUUUUGGCAAAUAUUUAGAUGCCAAUCGCCUGCAGCUUACGCCAAACCAAUUGGCCUAUGUGAGAGCAAAGUUGGAAGGUAUUAAGAUCAAAAUAGGAAAUUUACCCGAGGAGAAAUCCCCCGAGUUCUAUAACAACCACUAUGGGAGUGCGAACUUUUCCGCGACAAACUUCCUGGCCAAUCUCCUUGAAGCGUUGGCUCUACGUACCCGUCUCCAGAAUGCUGGACUGCUUGCAAGGAAUUCUCGAGUGGAUCUGCGGCACUACUAUGUCAACGAUAACGUGAGGAAGGCACGCACGUCUCCCUUCUACGAGAACGAAAGGAACACCAUUACUGUUCCCAUGGAAUUUUUGCAGUGGCCCUUGUUCGAUCACCGAGAGCACACCAUCUUCCAGCACAGUCUUCUGGGCGCAGUCCUGGGCCACGAGAUGAACCACGCCUUCGAACAGGAAGGUAUACUCUUCGAUGCCGCCGGAAAUGAGUCACCUGUGGGCUUGGAGAUCCGGGAGUCACAACCUUUCCGGGAUGCCAUCAAGUGUGCGGAGAAGCAACCAUUCGUCUCGCUGAAAGAACGCCUGGCAGAUCUCAAUGGCCUUCAACUGGCGUACGAUGCCUUCUUUGGCUUGGCCCACGACUCCCGGCAGUUCGAGUACCGCCCGUAUGCCUUUGAGCGUGAGUUCACGGCUCCCCAGCUGUUCCACCUUAGCUACGCUCAGUUCUUCUGCGGAUCCCUGCCGCCGGUGAUCGCCCACGAUCGGGAUGAUGAGCGUGUGAACGUCAGCGUUGGCAAUUUGCGUCAAUUUGCAUACGAUUUUAAUUGCGAAACGAGUCCCUCGUCCGUCUGCGAAAUGUGGCGCCCAGGGGAGGAGGCUAAUUCAAAUCGAAAUGUGCAUCCAUAACAAUAAAAUGUAACACGGAAUAUAUUGUGAUCAAAUGGGAUCCCCUGCCAAUUGAUAUUUGAUUUCAAUUGUUUCUAACACUUUUUGCAGUUAUACCCUGGAAACGUAUAAAUGCAGUUAUAUGUUAUAAAUAAAAAAGCAAA